AUGUUGAAUGACGAACGCAAAGCUUCCAUAUUGGAAGGCAUGCUCAUCAAAGCGGGCAAAAACUACGUCUGUCCGGCCUGCUUCAAGUCAAAUUCCCAGGGCAGCGACUUGAGAAAUCACCUGAAACAGAUGAAGGAAGCUGAAGAUCACAAAGGGCUUUCCGAACGGGAGGAGGCAAAGUUCCGAUACAGCUACGAAAUAGUCAUAGGAUGGAAACCAACAGACAAGGACCCCAAACUCGACCUGCCACGCGAGCGAAUCGUUGCGUUUACAAGAGACGUUGUUGUCUCAAAUAUAGCCUCCCAAGCAGAGGACUUUGUACAAUCUAAGAUCCAGAUCUAUCUGCAAAUUGCAGUUUCAACAGGAAUGACUCACGUGUGUCCCGAGUGUGUGGACGAAGAUGGGCAGUACUUCAAUAAGAUGGUAGAUUUCGACCGCCACUGUUGGGAAAAAAGCGAUCAAACGCAUAUGAGCCUGCUAUCAAAAGUCCCCGCCACUUUCCUUCCUACAUACCUCAUCGCGAUGGGGCUUUCCGAAAUUAAAGAGUUGCCUCCUGGACAUGACAAACCGGGACGCUGGACGAAUGAGCGAUAUCUGAGGACUGCCUACGUCUUCAAGACCAAGAAGAGGUACUCCCGCUCAAUGGAAAAAGGGUCUUCAUGUAUCUGUGACACGUGCAUUCAUGCUUGCGGAAUAUAUGAAAUUGUACCUAAACAACGCUGCGAGGCUGUGCAUUCAGUUUUUGCUCUAGCACCUGAAGCUGGCAGUCAAAAGGGUCCAAAUGGUGGAUUUAUUAAACGACUUCUCUUUUCCCCAUGGGAAGCCCAGAUGCCCAUAGACUUCCGGAGCAGCUCCGUGCUCAAGGCGCAUUUCGGACUAAGGAUAACAAUGCUCUUCGACGUAUAG